CGUCAAAACAUGAACCAAUUUCGCAUAGAUACGAAAUAAGUUAUUGUAGAUUUAUUGAGCACAGCCAUUAGAAAGCAACAAUCAAACGUCACAUCAUGCCACAGGUAGCGCCAACAUCCGCACCAGCGGAAAUUCCCGCGGAGGAGCUUGAUUGGAUACAGAUGCGCAAAGAUUUUGCCGGCAUGCACGCAGAAACAACCAAAGAGAAGAUGGUUCGAAAGAUCAAUGAGAACCCGCUGGUCCCGAUUGGUUGCGUCGCCACGCUGACAGCGCUCGGCUUUGGGCUGUGGAAUUUCCGGCAGGGUCGCUCCCAGAUGUCGCAGUACAUGAUGCGUGCGCGUAUACUGGCCCAAGGUUUUACCGUGCUCGCACUGAUCGUCGGUGUGGGCAUGACCUACGGUACCAAGGAACCGCCCAAGAAGUCCUGAAAGUCUUGCUGGAAUGGAACUUGUGGCGUCAAAAACUAUGCUAAACUGUUAGCCCUUUAUUGAGAUAUGGAAUAGAUGGGAUAUCGCAUUUGCACCCUAAAUUGUGUUACACUAAACAGAACUGAGUUUUU